AGAGGUGAAUGACCUGUCCAUGCAGACAGCCCUGGGAGCACGUAUGUGGUGUGAGUGGCUGAUUGUUCCACAGUGGUUGCAACCAGAGGAAAAAGGCUUUGGACCAGCUGCAAUAUGAGGAUCUUCUUGGAACUGGGCAGGCCUAAAAAGUAGAACACUGAAACCCUUUGGAAUACAAAAGGUUGGAGAUGGGGCUUUAAUUUUGGUAUCCCCAGGUGGUUUCCAGAUGAGGUAACUGCUGCAAGCCUGCUGGACCUGCUGCCCAGUGGUUGCUGCAGGACACCACUGACGUGCUGAAUCAUGAAUAGGGCUGAAAACUGAUUAUCUGCCUUCUGAUCUUCAGUUUCACAAAUGAGAUUGUGGAAUUAAGGGAAUUUUAGGAGGAGUAAAAGUUUUCUUUUCCUAUACAACAGAGAGCCUUACUUUCUUGUAGAAAAACAAAACUUGAAAUGAAGAGACCCUGAGCUCCUUUCUGCUUUUUGCCCCUGGCUUGUAUUCAACCUCCCUCUUUCUAAGCCUGCAGGGACUUCUCGGAGCAGGUUCCUUGCAUGCAGACAGGGAGAGCAGGAGGGUUGCCAUCGUUAACCCCAGAUGGCAAUUAAGUACCACCCAGCCACUCACAUCCCACCACAACCCUGCUGGGGAGGAGAAUUGGAAAGAAAAGGUAAACCUUGUGGGUUGAGAGAAGAACAAUUUGAUAAUUGAACCAAAAAUAAUAAUAAUAAUAAUAAUAAAAAUGAUAAGAAGAGGGAGAGAGAGUAACAGGACUCAAGAGAAACAAGUGAUGCAUAACCCAUUUGCUCACCACCUGCUUAUUAAUGCCCAGCCCAUCCCCAGGCAGUGAUCAUCUCUUCCAGGUAAAUCCCCUAGUUUAUAUACUGAUGUUCUGUGGCUUGGAAAAUCCCUCUGGCUGCUUCAAAUCAGCUGUCCUGGCCGUGCUCCUCCUGGGUGUCCUGUGCAGCUCCUCACUGUCAGAACAUGAGAAACAGGAAAGUCCUUGGCUUAGAGUAGUAAGCCACUACUUAGCAACAACUACAACAGUGGUGUGUUAUCAACAUUAUUCUCAUACUAAGUCAUACACACAGCACUGUACUGGCUACUGGGGAGAAAAUAACCCAGUCCAGCCAGAAUCAGGGCAGCUCAGGGUGAGGGUCCUGUGAGCUGCUCAGCUGUUGUGCCGUUGGUCUGGAGACCAGAGGGAGCAUCCCCGCUCCCCUGCUGGCAGUAGAUGUUGGGGAGUGCGGGGGCUGUGGGCUGUGUGACCCAGUCUGCAUCCAUCACCUCCUCAGCUGCCUGAGCCAGGCUGUGGCACUGUGCCCAUGGAGACCUCCAGACCCGUCCUGAGCAAACAGUUGAGAACCCUGUGCCUGCUGUGAUGGGUGCUGCCAGGGGAGGCUCUGACUGAGCUUUGCUUUGUCCUCUGCCAGGAGUGUGCCAGGAGCACUUGAAAUGGCAGUGCCAGUCCCAGCUCAUCAGAGAAGAAACCUGGGAAAGGGUUCAGACAGAAGCCAGUUUCUGGUGUUGGGGAGUCUCGCUGAGACUGGGUGUGGGAGGGAGCCUGGUGAGGGGGAAUAGUGGGCAGGGAGGAGUUGAAAUUUGUUUUGAGCUUUCCUUGCAUUCUCCAUGCCUGCUGCUAUUUACUGCCUGCCUGUUGCAAGCUGAUGGGGAUCUCCUGACUCCCAAGGUGUCUGCAAGAGACAGACCUGAGGAUGCUCCACUAGCACAUUGAGGCCGGUCAAGCCACCUCCGAGCAGCAGUGACGGAGGCAGCGAGCCAUAAGGCGGAUACUUGGGCAGGUGGCCGGCCCUGCAGGUGUCAGGACAGGGAGAGCUGGGUACCAAGCUGGCAAUCAAUAAUGCAAGGAGGCGGUCACAUGUCCUUGCUGGCUGUCACAGGAUUCCUCUCUCCCCAGAGUCUGGUUACUUCCAGAGAUCAAGUUCCAGUCUCUCGGCUGGUGAAUUAUUAAACUACAUCAGUGCUCCCUUUGUACCACAUCUGUGUCUUCCUGCCGUCCUUCCUUGCCAGUGACGGGCUCUUUCCAUCCAGCUGGCUGUGCAGAAGCAGAGCCCCCCAGGCCAUUAUAGCACCUGGUACUCUCCUUUGUUCCCUGCUUCUCCGUGGGAAAGGAAAUAGGCUCCAGAGAUGGAUCUGUCCUACAGAUCCACCAUCUCCAUCUAUAAGAGUAUCCUGGAGCAGUUCAACCCUGCGCUGGAGAACCUGGUGUACCUGGGGAACAACUACCUGCGUGCCUUCCAUGCAUUAUCCAAAGCAGCUGAAGUGUACUUUAAGGCAAUUGAGAAGAUUGGGGAGCAAGCUCUGCAGAGCUCCACCUCACACAUGCUGGGUGAAAUUCUUAUACAGAUGUCUGAUACGCAGAGGUUACUGAGCUCUGAUUUGGAAGUUGUGGCUCAGACCUUCCACGUGGACCUGCUGCAGCACAUGGAGAAGAACAGCAAAAUGGAUGUGCAGUUCAUCAGUGAGAGCCAGAAGCACUAUGAGCUGGAGUACCAGCGGAGAGCCACCAACCUGGAUAAGUGCAUGGCAGAGCUGUGGAGAAUGGAGAGGGCUCGUGAUAAAAACACACGGGAGAUGAAGGAGAAUGUGAUGCGACUGCGCUCAGAGAUGCAGGUGUUUGUCUCUGAGAGCCAGAGGGAGGCCGAGCUGGAGGAGAAACGCCGCUACCGCUUCCUGGCUGAAAAGCACCACAUGCUCUACAACACCCUCCUCCAGUUUUACAGCAGGGCUCGGGGCAUGAUCCAGACCAAGGCACCGCGGUGGAAGGAGCAGCUGGAGGCCAGCCGCAACCCCUCCAACAGCCACUCACAGGGGCUGCUCGCAGCCUCCCACAGCCAGGGCUAUCCAUCGGGACGGCUCACGCCCACCCACCUGGAGAUGCCCCAGAGACCCCUUGGGGACUUUGCUUCUUCUAUGACUGGGAGUAGAUCCAGCAUCUUCUCUCCGGACCCUCCAGAAAUGAGACUGUCUCCUCAGCCAGAGUCCCCCAGGCGGCCACUGCGGAGGACACCAUCAGCCAGUUUGCUCCCUACGGGCCGUACUUCCCGUUCGGGUUCCUUCAGCGAGGCCAGCAGUGGCAGCGAGGGCAGGAAGAGGAGUGGCAAGGGAAGAGUGCAGGCUAUUGUGGCCCACGCCACGGGUGCCAACCGGACUCUGCUACGGUUUGACCCUGGGGACGUCAUCGCGGUGCUGAUGCCGGACGCGCAGAAUGGCUGGCUGUACGGCAAGCUGGAGGGCUCGUCCACGUGUGGCUGGUUCCCUGAAGCUUAUGUCAAGCCUCUGGAGGAUGCGCGGGAGAUGGAAGAGCCAGAUGCCAGGUCUUUCCCACUGCGAAGCAGUCACAGUAUGGAUGACAUCCUGGACCGUCCCAGCACUCCCUCCUCUAGCAAUUACUGGCCUGCUGCUGCCCAGCCCAGUGUGCCGAACCCACCUCCCCUCUCGGUGGGUGCCAGCAGUCACCAGAGUGGGGCAGCUACCCCAGUCAGUUCUGGCUCCAAGAAAUCAGGAGACCAGCCCCCUGAACUCUUCCCACGAGGUACCAACCCCUUUGCCACAGUCAAGCUGCGUCCCACAGUCACCAAUGACCGCUCAGCACCCAUCAUUCGAUGAAGCAGGGUUGCAGAUAUUGAAGAGUUUCAGCAGACAAGGAGAAAGAGGACAAGGACUACCCUGUGAUGUCCAACUGGGCAGCAACCUAGUGCUACCACUCAUGGAGUGACCUUUCUUUUCCCCUCCCUUACCUCUGGGACACUGGGACCUGUCUCACCUGGGUGUCUGGUGUGCUUUAGCCAGCAGAAAAUCCCUGCUGCUCUUUUUGGACUGAUCCUCGUCCCAUCUCCCCAUGUGGUGUUGCUGUACUUGAGUGGGAGAAGUCUGGUUUUACAGGUGUUGGUGGCCUGGGAGAGAGGAUGCUGCUGGUCUGGGAGGUGGGGGGUGGAUGGGUAAGAACAUCUGCAGCACAGGGCAGUGCCACUUUAAUAUUGAAGGUGAAGCUUUGCUAGCCCUGCUGUGGGCAGAGAAGGACUCUCACCAAACAGUUCCUUUGCUACCAGAAGAAUGAACCCCAAAAGGAAGAGGCUACAGGAAGGUUUCCAGUGACAUGGUCUGGCUGACAGGGUCUGGUUUUGGCUCCUUUGGCAACCACGUCCUUUUGUAGCAGCACCUGCCCCUUCUCACCCUCAGUGCAGCCCCUUGCCUUGCUGAGCAGCCCUGGAGCAAGGCAGGAUAGGGUGACAAUGUCCAGCACCGCUGCUAUGCUCCCUCCCUCACUGUCCUGUGGAAAAUAUGUGGGGUUUUUUAAAUAAAAUUGAGAACGCGG